CCUACAAUGUAUACCAAGUUAAUUAUCAGGCUUUUCUACGUACAGAAGGAUUGAGGUUCUCUGAUGGUGUGGUUCCUGCCAACAAUGUGGAGGAUAGUCCUUUGCCUGCAUGGAAUGACAUGAGAUCAAAUAGCUCUGCUGGCUCUGAUGUUUUCUUGCCUGCUGGUGGGGAGUCUGUGAUCAUUGAGGUUCCACUGGUCCGCAAUUCUUUGUUUUUACCAGCUUUACCUGAUCCAGUUGUUGCUACUAAGCUGCCUGCUGAAGAUGGAUCUGGGCAUUCGUCCUUAAUCAGCUCAGUGGUGAAUUCAUCCUUUUUGCCUAAUCUGUUCUGUGAUGCUAAGCAACUUUGGUCUCCCUCUUGUCCUCCCAUAUCUCUUAUUAUAUCCAAUUUCAAGAGGAAUGCUCAACAUAUGGAUUACUUCAUUCCAGCUAGGAGAGUGGUUAGGAAGCUAUGUUUUGAGACAGUUGCUCCUCCUUUUGGUGUUGUUGGUCCUUCUCCAUCUUUGUCUAUUGAGGAUGUUCAGCCAGAAACCCCUAAGAAGAGAGAUAGAAAGCCUAAGCUCACACCUGCGGUUUCCUCUGAUCUUCACAGAAACCCAAGAUCUAACAUAUACAAGGGGUUUAAAGUUGAUCUUCUUUCUGGUUCCAAGAAGAAGAGCUCCGAGGUCAAGGGUAAAGUGAUCAUUGACAUGUCAGAAUCCUCUUCCAAUAUUCCUGCUCUCAUCUCUGUGGAGGAGUUGCAGAAGAUUGGGAAGACUUUCUAUGCUAUCCCUGAUGAAGAAAUUACCACUGACAAGUUGGAGGCUGAUGGGCAGUUGGACUAAUCUCUGUGCUAUCUCUACUGGUCAUUAGUUGUUGCCUAUCUUAAAAUGCUUUUAUGUUUGAGUGAGACUAUGUGUGUGGGUUAUUUUGGUCCUGUAAUUCUGAAGUGUGUGGGUUAUUUUGGUUCUGCAAUGCUGAAUUGUGUGGUACUUUGUGUGCUGGACCUGCUCUCUUUAGUUAUAUGUCAAGCUUAGUUCGUAAUUGGAAUGUGAUCUGCUGGAAUGUGCGUGGGAUUGAUUCUAAAGAAAAGCAUGCUCCUCUUAGAAAA